GCAUCAAGAGCACCUGUUCUUUCCGAGAAUAUUAGUUUGGGAACUAUUUUUUGUAGGCGAUCGCGGAGGAAUAUAUUUAUAUUUACACGCCGGUUUCGUAACACGCGAAAGCGAGCUCACAGCUAAGUGUAGGGUUGAUAGAGAGAAUUCUACGCAAUGCCGCCUACCGCUAACUCUUCAGUGUUCCAGUAAAUAUGGAGAAACUGUUCUUGUUUUUUCUGCAAUAAGAUUCGAAUGACGAAUAUUUUUGAAGAUUAUCGUCUUUGGCGGCUACUUGAAUCACAUUUAGAAGCUGUUAAAUUAGACCGAAAUAAUCAAAUGAAAUUCUUUACUAUAGAGCCUAAAUAUCAAGGUUGUUCAUCGGCUGCUGGAGCACAAGCCACAAUGAAGCAUCGGUGACUGCCAUUUCAUCCAUUUAUCUGCACAAUUCACUAGUUAUCCUCAUCAGCUCUCAGUCUCUUCAUUCACUGUUGUUGAAGUGAAUCCUGCUUUCACAACAGCUUUAAAAUAGCACCACCAUACUCUUUAAAGGUACGUAUCAUCAAGCCUUCUUGAAAAAAGAUUCUUGUUGUUCCUGAAACGGGACAUGGCAUGAUGGACCAUGAGGAGGAUGGAGACGUCGCGAUCAAUUUAUCCAAAAACCAGGCGCCAAGAUCUGCAGACACUCCUAACGGAAAUGCAGAGCCGGAGAACGGAGAGCCCCAGGGCUCUAAGGCUCUGGUUAUUAAGCGGUCCAGGUCGGCCAACCAUACCGACAAGUCUGGUGGCAACGAAUCCAACAUCCCUCCUUUGUUGAUGAUGAAUUCGCAGCUGUUGGCUCAACAUCAGCUGCAACAGCUACUGCAGCAACCGUCGCCUACGCAGUUGCAGCAGUUACUGCAACAGCAACAGUCCAUUUUUUUACAGCAACAGCAGCAACAGCAUCAACAACAUCAACAGCUCAAGCAGCUAGAGUCCGUAAUUCCGCACAUCCAAGAGCAGAUCAACCUCAACAUAAUGCAGCAAAGUCAAAUCCUUCAUCAACUAAAUGGACUGAAUAAUGGCCUGCCGGGGCUCGGAUCGUCCGACAAAAAGGCCAACCGACAGCAGUUGCAGUUGCAACUUCAGCAACUGGCACUGCAACAACACCAACUCAUGCAGCAAUUGCAACUAAGCAACAGGCAAUAUAUGAUCAAUCUCCAACCUUUCAUGCUUCCACAGGGUCUGAAUGCCAAUGACAUGUGGAAAGAAGGUUCUGGUGACGAGGGUGGUGCGUCCCUCAAUGGGAUGAUGCACGGGGGCUCCUCUGGCGGCCGGCCCCUCAUGAAUGGUGCUGCUGCUCAACACGAGAGCUACUCCGUUUCCCCCGUCAGUACAGCUUCCUCUUCCUCGUCCCAAAGAAGUCUACCCCCUACCCCUAAGGAGGAACAGAGGGGCUGCUCCAGUCCUCCAACUCACGCUCUUUAUGGGCACGGGGUCUGCAAGUGGCCUGGAUGCGAAGCUGUGUGUGAUGAUUACCAAGCAUUCAAAAAACACUUAAAUCUGGAGCAUCAACUGGACGAUCGGAGCACGGCGCAAGCCCGCGUCCAGAUGCAAGUCGUGUCUCAGCUAGAGCUACAGCUUUCCAAAGAGAAGGAACGUCUCCAGGCCAUGAUGCAACACCUCCAUAUGAAGCCAUACACCAACAAUGGCACCGCCAACAACAGCAAUGGUUCUAACCAUAAUCAUCGCAAUUCGCCUUCCAAGACAGAAAACAACAUCAUGUCCAACAUGAAAUCAGGGCCCCCCACGUCCCCUCAGAUGGCCCUCGUCCCUGCCGUCAGCAGUUCACCGCCCGCCCUAUCCGCCGUCAUGACGACUAUGUCAAAUGCGGGGCCCCUCAUGGCUGCCGUCCCCCAGAGAUUAGGGCCCCCUCCGCCACUCCACCCGCCCAACCCGAAUACCAUGGGACCUGCCCGCCGAAGGCUCAGCGACAAAAGCUGUCCGCCCCUAUCUGUGCUUGACGUUCCUUCUCUACCUGAUUCUCCUAUAAGGAGAAGAGUCGUUGAAAGAGCUAAUUUAGAUAUCACUGAAGAAAUUCAGAGAAACAGAGAAUUUUACAGAAAUGCUGAUGUCAGGCCACCAUUUACAUAUGCUUCUUUGAUAAGACAAGCUAUAAUUGAAGCUCCAGAAAAGCAACUCACUUUAAAUGAAAUAUAUAAUUGGUUUCAAAACACUUUUUGCUACUUCAGACGAAAUGCUGCCACAUGGAAGGGAAAAUUCCGGAACUCUUCCUUCAAGAAUGCAGUACGUCACAACCUAAGUCUUCACAAAUGUUUUAUGCGGGUUGAAAAUGUUAAAGGAGCCGUUUGGACUGUGGAUGAACUUGAGUUCUACAAACGGCGUCCUCAACGACUUCAAGAACGAAUGUCAGGCAGUCUGCAGAUGCCAGCACAGGGUCUUGUCCCACAAGGUGUACCACUCAUGCAUGGUCAAGGUCGAAUGGGUAGUCCUCCCCUGAGACAAAGCCCUGGGCUGUAUGGAGAUUCUCUCAAUGCUUCUUUACAGGCUGCCUUGGCCGAAAGUAAUUUAUCCUUCCUUAAUUCAUCAGUGGGAGGUAGUGGAGCAGGGCCAAACACUCCAACGUCCACGCCAACCCCUGCUGCCACACCUGACUGUGUCACUUCUCAAUCCUGUGGCACAUCUGCUCUUAGUGAAGCAGAGCGCUAUGUGGUAGAAAUGAUCACACAUGGGAUGAACAAUUCGUCUAUGAAUGGUUCAAACAUCCACAUUAAACAAGAACCUCUCUCUGAUGAAACUGGUCACAUGUGUCCUCCCGAAAUACAGCAUCCAAGGGAGGAGGAGGAUCGCCACUCUGAGGCCAACUCUGAUCCUCAAGGCAUGCACGAUGAACAAGAGGAGGACAUGGAGGAAGCAGAGGACCUCUCACUUUCCUCCUCCAUAAACUCUGAGCCCCAGGCUACAACAUGUCCUUAGUACAUUUAGAUACAGAAAACUCUCCAAGCCAUACAUAGUUCAGUGUGCAGUUUACGGACAGCAUGAAACCAUGGGGGUGAUUAGUGGAAAAAGAACUGAAAACUUUCAGGUUUCUGUUUCACGAUAAUUAUAUUCUUAUUGAAUUGGUUACUAGAUUUUCAGUCAGUGUAUAGUACUAUCUUAAAAUUAUGAUAGCAAAUUUUUGUCAUGAAGCAGAUUUUGUAGUAGUUUCAUCAGUGCUUCAGUAUUGGUAUAAAGGAUAUUUUUAUGUAUUUUUAAUGAAAGAUUGUUUACUAAAAUCACACUCCCUGAAUCAGUUAAAAGGCAUGCUUUACUUUUUAGAAGCAUUGUUUUCUGUAUUUUUAUUUCUGUAAGCCUAAAUCAAGAUAACAGAUUAAAAGUUAAUCAUUAUUUAAUAUUUAUUUUAUUUUUGUUUAUUUCAUUAAAAUUAUUAAAUUUUCUUUUGCUUUGCUUCAUUAAAUUAUAGUCCCUUUUUAUUGUGAUUUUCUUAAAAAAUUUUACUGCAACAAUCAAUCACUCAGAUAUAUCUAAAUUAGAUAAUUAUUUAUUUUGCAAAACAUAAUCCAUAUGUGUCUAAUUUGUUUUUAAUUUUACUUUGAAGGAAAAAAAAGCAACCCUAAAUUACACUCCAACUUUAUUUUUGUAUUUUCACCUUAAGGCAUAUAUGCCUAUAACCUGCUAAAAGAGGCAGUGGUACAGACCUGAUUUGUUUUCAGUUCCCAUUCCCACACACUCCUGUAGGAUGUUAUCUUGCAGCUGAAAGCAGCUGAGUCAAUCUUCCGGCCAAAUCGGUUCUCAAUUAGAUGGGGGAAAAAUGCUGUGCUGCAACUACCGUGUAAAGAUUACCUCACUCUCAUUGCAGUAUAUACAGAUAUAUACCUCACAUUGCAAUGAUAAUUGCGUAUCCUUCCUUCAGUGCUUGUUCCUGGACGUCACUUCUGUUGUGAAGUGAACACUAUUAGAGAGACAGUUCUUUUUUGCAUUUUAGAUACAAAGUGAUGAUAACAAUAUAAACAAAGUGGAAUCGUUAUAACAGUUAAUAAAAAGUAAAAACAAACAAACCAACUUUUUGAAGUGUGAUUUUUUAGCUAGAUUGAUGGCCAUUGCCUGCUGUUUUGUCUAGGUGAAGAGCAUUGGGUUUUUAUAGAUGUAAAAAUACAUGCAGAGGAAAGACUGACAUUAUACAAUUUUAUCUGUAGAGAAACUUUUUUUAAUUUACAGCAUAUUGUCAUGCCAGAGGAAUUAUUGUGAAAAAAAAAUGGAGAAAAAAAAAAUGCUUUUUACUGAAGUACCAGAGAAAAAUCAUUCCGUGUAUAACUUAAUUCUGGUAUUGAAUAUAUGUGAUUGUCAUGUUUUGUCUCCAUGUGUUUAUUAAUGUGUUGAAAGAAAUCUGUUUUUUGCUGAUUAUUCCUUUAGUAUUAAUGCCUAAAUGUUGCCAACAUAUAGUUCUUCAGUUUCUUUUUACCCAUUUGCUCAUUUUAUCGAUGCAUGGGCAUGAGUACACGUGCAUACUGGAAAACUGAUUUCUGAGUAUAGAAUCAUUGUCAUUUUGUAAAUAGGUAGAGCAUAUGAUAUUUAAUUUUGUAAUAUUUUAAUUAUUACAGGGUCCUUGCCCUUCACCUCACUAGAGUUCAAAAAAAAAAUUUUUGUUGGAUUUAUAAAGCAACAUGAUGUAGUUUUAUUUGCAUUUCAACCUUGUUUUUACAGGUUCACUAUUGUAAAAAUGUGUGCCAUAUGAUAGAUAUAAGUUCCAUGCAGCCAUCAUAUAGAUCAAACUCUUCUGUUGCAUGUAGAUGUAUAUAUUUUAUAAUAUUUUAUUUUGAUUCUGUAUAGGGAAGCAUUUCCUCCUUCAUCGCAAGUUUGUGUUCAUUCUAUUGCAUGGAACUCUAUGUUAACUGUGAAUUAUCAUAAUAAUCAAUUUGAUUGAUUAUCAAUAUGAUAAUAUUAGUGUUGAAAAUCUUCAUACUACUAGAAGGGCAAAGACUUGCUGUUAUACUUCAAAAAUCAGCUUUCCCACUUAUUUUUUCAUUGAAUUUGUUUUUUCCUAUGUUGCUGCUUUGAUAUUUCAUAAUCAACUCAUUUAUAAGCGAAUCACAUUUUUGUCACAUGUGUGCCAUGUUGAUUUAAUGCUGUGAGAAAAACACUUGUUAACUUUGACACAAAUAUUCUACUUUGAAGCUCUCUGUGAAAAACAAGAAAUGCAAGAUUAAUUGCUUAGCUUCAUAUAAGACUGAGUUAAUAAUGAACAGAUUGUGCACAUGAAUAUUUUUUCAACUGAGCUUCCUGCUGUGUUUUUCACUUAAAGAAGGUGAAAAAUUUUCUUCCGUGUAUAGUUUUAACCGCAUAAAUUAAACACUGUUCUAAUUUCAUAACAUUUCAUUGUAAUUUUUCAAUCAAUGUAGUUAAUAAUUUCAGAAUGUUAUUUUUAAACAUCUGGCUUACUCUCAAUAAAAACAACAUACCUCUAAUUUAUUAAUGUUUAAUGUAUAGCAUGUGCUGAGGUUUAAUUUUGUGAUUAUUUUUUCAUUAUGUGAUACUAAUAUGUGAAUGAACCUUUUAAAUUUAUUUUAUUCAAGUUUAUUCAAAAAGUUCUAUUUAAAUUGCAUAACAUGUUUAAUUAGAAUUUUCCCUGGUUUAAAUACUUAAUAGAUUGAACAAAUUUGUCGUUAUGUAUAUGAUACCAUAGGAGGAGAGUUAUUAUAAAUGUCUGCCAUAGCUGCAAUAAUUUUUGGUUUUGGUUCUUUUUAGUUGUUUGUUAAAAAAAAAACUGGUAAUACUAAAUGUAUUUUGAAUUUUCUAUAUGAAUAAGAUAUGCUUUAUGUUCAGUUGCCUCUAAAAUUUAUAUUGUAUACUUACAUAUCACCUAUAUUAGCCAAAUUUUGGUUAAAUGUGAUACAAAAUUAUCCAACACUACAUAUCAAGCAAAAUUAAUUAUCAUUUUCACAAGUGCUGUUGUUCAAGAUUGUUAAUCAAUACUGCAGAUUAUUAAAAACCUCAUUUGCUAAUUGUUUAGUGUAUCUAUAUUAUAAUAAAAAUUAAACUAAUAAAACCUAAAAAAGUAGGAAUCACUGUUUUAGGCAUUUAUUUUUUUUCUUAUUAUUGAAUCAUGUUAUAAUACUUUGUUGUUCAAAAAAAGUAUCAUCUUUGCAAUUAAUUUCUCAGGUUUCAAUCAUCAAUAUUAUUAACCAAAAAUUUAAUUUUUUGCUACUAAUAAUGUUGUAUCUGCUUAUUGUUAAAAAGAAUUCCAGUUUUAAUUUUUCAUGUAUUAUUUCUAUUAUUAAAUCUUUCAGAUUCUUAAUAUUUGAUUUCAUGCAAGUGUUGAUUAAUAUCAAUAUAGUUUCAACUAAAGCAUUUAUUUUAAUUAAUUCCAAAAUUAUUUAUAUGCAAGUGAGUGUAUUCUGUGUGCAAUUUAAAGUCCUAUGUGGAUGUUGGAGUUUUGAUUUAAAUGAACAAUUAUUUUCAUUUUUUUUAUAAAUAACAUAUUUAAUACCGGUGGCAGCUGAAAUUCUAUGGACAAUUUGAUGGUGAUGGUCUUUUAUUUAUUUUGAAAAUGCAUGAGGGAAAUGUUAUAAGAUAAAAAUUAUCUUUCCUAGCCAUUUGAAAGGACAAUAUCUUCAUGUUUUAUUUGCAUGAACCAAACUCGAUUUCUUUAAAAAAAAAAUAAGAAUCGUGAUUCAAUUGGUAAUGCUUCGAAAUAUGAACUCUGUUUCUCCGUCUGCAAAAAGAUGCCAUUUGAUAUUUUCUUUUGUAGCCAUUGGAAAUGAAUCAUGUAGAUGUAUAGUAUUGCUGUACUGUGUAUUUCAGCUGAUGUAUUGUAUUAUAUAAGAAAAAAAUCUGUGUUGUGUAGAAAUCAUGUUGAACAAUUGUAUUUUUGUAGCUUGCACAGAUAUUAGUCAUAGUGGUCAUUUUAAGUCCAAUGACCCUUGUUAAUUGUGUAAUUAAUGAUAUAACAUUAACGUCCCUGCAACCUAACGAUUUUAAAAGUUAUGUAGCAACUGACAUUAUGGGAUAUUGGGGACACAGUCAGCAUACAAAAUCUGUAUAUAAACAAUUUGCUAAAAUCAAAAUUAAUAUCAAAGAUACGAUGUGCCUGGUUUCACUGUUAAUAUAUGAAUUUUCUCUAAUUUUAAAUAGUUCAUUAAAUGAAAUUAAUAAUUAUAAAAGUGGUACUCCAAAAAUGUAAAAGUAAUAAUCAUAUUAUUUUAGCAGUAUAUUAUGGAGCUGACCUUAUCCCUAUAUUCCUGAUAUCUCGUUUGUCAAGUUGUAUUUUAUUAGUUCAAACAUAAAUAAAUAAAGUUUUAAAAGUUGUUUAUUGAGGUUUUAAAUACUUUUUAUUUGUCUCGUGUUACUUAAAAAAUAACAUUGUUGGAUUUAAACACAGAAAGCACAACAUUUCUAUCGCCAUUCCCCUUAUCAGUUUGUAUCUAGUCUUGGAAAAGUUCCUGUGGUAAUAACAAUCCUGUUUUUAACUUUAUUCAGGUUUACAGCAAGCUAAUUAACAUUAUCUGUUACAAUAAUGUUGUGAAAUAAUUGAAUUAUUUUAGUUUUGUUUUAGAGUUCUUAAAAACAUAAUUGUAAAUAGAUUGUUUUUAAAUUAUUAUUAUUAUUUUGUAUUGAUCAAUAAAAUUUCUUCCACAUUAAUAUUUUACAUAAAAAUGUUAUUGAAUUAAAUUAACAUAAAAUUGAAUAAUUCAAAUUUUUGCUUUUUCAAAAUUAGCUUGCUGUUAAUCUGAAUACUUUUAUUGGCUAACAGUUAAAUAUCUAGUUUAUACUUUUAUGUAUUUCAUGUUUGAUUCAGUUUCCAUUGUCUACUUGCAUUUAAUUUCCCUCUUUUAAUCGUGGCUUCAACUAAUUCUGUGACUCAAUGUCUACACAGAGAUAGAUUGUCCUAUAUAUCCUUUCUCUUAUUAUUAUUAAUAUUUUUUUAUUCAUUUUUAGUUUAAUCUUUUGAUGUUUUGUGCUUAUUCAUAAGUCCUUUGUAUUGUUUUUAUGUUCCCAAAAUAUUAAGUUUCAUUACUUAAUUUUUUAUCAUCAAGCUCUGAAAAAUAUGGCGUCAGUUCAAAUAAAAUUUCAAAACAAUUUUUAUUAAUUUUUUUUGAGUUGACAGAAUCGGUUGAAAAUCCACUAAAGUUGUUCUACGGAAUGUGAAUGUAUUAUUGGGAAGGGAAGAAUUGCCAUCCACCUUAAGAAAUCUAUUGUUUUGAUAAGAAUAUGAGCUAAGGAUUAGCUAAGCCCACUGAUGAGCUUAGCUACAUGAUCUCUACAAGCAAUAAAAUUGUAGUGUAACUCUAGAUAAUGAGAUAGGGAUACUGUAGUUUAAAUGAAAGAACUUGUAUCAUAUAUAAAGAAUUAAUUGCUACAUCAACAUACCUAGAUUUAUGUAAUGUCGCUUUUGAAGGACCAAAUUAAAAAAAAAAAAAAAAGCAGGCGAAAAUGUGUUAUGUUUUUUUUUUUAUUCAUUUUGUUUCAGUUUUAAUUUUUAAUUCAUUUUUUUUAAGGAAGAAAUUUAUCAUUUAAUUUCUUAUGCUACUUUUCUUAAAAGUAUGAGAUUUUAACCUCUAUAUCCUAAACUUUUAUUGCUCAUAAACUAAAAUAUAAAUUAUAAUUUCAUUUUUAUUCUUUUUAAUGUUUGAUGAAAUUUUAUUGAAUUUUUCAAAAAUAAGCCGAUUUUUUCCCCCCGAAGGAAAGAAAAGGGUAUUUUUUUUAACUGUUUAAAUUGCUCACAAGAAUGUUUAAAAACAUUGAGAUUCUGAAAACGAUUUGAAUAAUAUUCUUUCUAUAUAGUUGUGUACUGAGAAUAUGUGGUUUUGUUGCACAAAUGCUUUAUUAAAGUUUUGUUCAUGCAUAAGAUAAAAUUUCUCUGUAUGAUUUCUUUUGUAAAAUAGAAGUAAAUAGCUGGAAAACAAACAGUACUCAUUUCAUAAUUUAUUAAAAGACAUGAAUACAACAGUUUAUAUAACCUAAGUAUGGAAGAUAUAUUUUUAACUGACAAUUACUCAGCCGAUUAUUUUAUUAAAUGAAUUGUAAUCUUAAUUAUUUAUCAAAUUAAUUUGAAAAAUUGAAUGCUACAAUUUUACAUUUUAGCAUGGCAAAUGUGUCUGAAACUAAGCAUUUAACAUCUAAGUAAAAUCUGUAUGACAAGGAAGUUCUGAAUUUAUACUGACAUUUGAGUUUUUGUGUGCAUACAGAAUUUUUUUACCU